AUGUGGAAGUCCCUCAAGAAAGCCUUCGCACCAUCCGCCUUCGAGCCCGAAUUACCCCCCGAGCUUCUCCAAACUAUACACGUACAUGCCGCACGCAAAGGCUCCUUCACAUCCUACGGCAGCGAUGCUUCGGUUCUUCAGACAAGCUUCGACCCGCUCGUCGCUUCCGCGUUCGAGCUGGCGGAAAUGCUGAAUGCAGGCGCCAUCACCAGCGUAGAAAUAGUAGAAGCAUACUUGCACCAAAUCGAGCAGCAUAAUCGGAGAGGGAGACAGUUGAGAGCAUUGAUUAGUGUGGCGCCGAGACAUGAGCUGGUACGCAUUGCGAGAAGAUUGGACGAUGAGAGGGGUAGGGGGAAGAGGAGGGGGCCGCUGCAUGGGAUCCCGAUUGUGUUGAAGGAUAACAUUAUGACGGAUAAGAAUUUGGGAAUGGAUACUACGGUUGGCUCGUACGCUUUCGUGGGAUGCACACCGAAAAGGAACGCUACCAUCGUCGAUCGUCUUAUCCGGAGAGGCCUCAUCAUACUAGGCAAAUCAAACUUGACCGAAUUCUGUGGACUGAAGAACCCAUCCAUGCCGCCUGGCUGGUCAGCUGUGGGAGGCCAGUGUCAGUCGCCGUACGUGGCGAGACAUAUUGCGAAAAAGAAGCUACACUGGGAAUUGUCUGCGCCAGGAGGUUCAUCUACAGGCUCAGCUGUGAGCGUCGCGUCCGGUUUUAGUGCGCUUGCCAUCGGUACAGACACAUUGGGCUCGCUCAUCACGCCUGCGAACCGCGCCGGGUUGUAUGCUUUGAAGCCUACAAUCGGUGAAGUUCCCAUGGACGGUAUUUUCACGCUAAGUAAAAGCUUCGACUCAGCUGGUGGAAUGGCCAAAUCCGCAAAAGACCUGGUCGCCCUCAUGGACGUCCUCCUCUCUCCAACCGGCAAAGAAACAAAAUUCGGCGUCCAAAAGCCCAACUACAAGAUCCGCUCCGACUUCGCCGGUCUCCGCAUCGGCUUCACAGAGCCCACAAUCUGGACCUCCUGGCGCAAGAGCGGCCGCAUCAAUGCCGACGCUGAGCGCUUCAUGCUGCAAAAAUACGACAUGGUAGUGCAAUCCCUCAUUGAAAUGGGCGUCGACAUCGUCUACCCCGUCGAACUCCCCUCCCAAUCCUCCCUCAACCACGACGGCGCCAACGCCUUCGAGCCCAUCGUCUACUCCGAAUUCAAAGAGUGUCUCUCCGAAUUCAUCCGCCAGUUCAAAACCACAAAAGUGCACUCCCUCGCCGAAAUCAUAAACUUCAACACCGAGCAUCCAGAGCUGACCCUCCCGCCGACCUGUCCGCAUCAAAACGACCUGCUCUCCGCACUCCAGGCACACCCGCCAAAGGAACAUCUCAACCAGCUUCGUACACAUUUGUUGACUGCCGGCGGCCGCGAUGGACUCGACUUCGUCUUCAACACCCACCAGCUCGACAUCCUGAUCGCGCCGGGCGACUCCGCGCUUUCGACACUGUCGGCAGCUGCAUCCUACCCGACCGCUGCGUGCCCUCUCUCCGCGCUCAAACUCAACGGCCAGCCUUUCGGCCUCACACUCACAUCCCCGCCCCACACAGAACACACACUCCUACACUUCCUCACCGCCUACGAGGCCACCUUCCCACCCCGGGCUUUACCCCUACCCCUCGCCUCGGUGCCGCUGCAGUCCGCGGCCGAGCCGGGCAUUGAUGCCGGCAUCGUGGAAGUCAUUUUGAGGGCGUGGGAUGAGCGGCGGUGGGGAUGCAGUGCGGAUGCGCUGGCGAGCUGGCUGAAUCGGCGCUGGAAGAAGAGCGGGUACGAAGUCAGUGCUGAGAUGGUGUGUGAGGUUCUGCGGGAGAAUGGGAGGAUGGCAUUUAGGGGGAUGGAGGGGGAGGGGGAGUUUAGUGUUUCGAUCAUGAAUGUGGCGUUCUGGGUUGGGUUGGGUUGGGCGCGGGAGGUAUUGGAUUUGGUUGCAUAUGAUAUCCGCUUGCUGCAUUUUUUUGGGUAUUUGGGUGCAUUCUGGAAAGGCACAUAG